AUGGGCUCCAGUGGUGGCUGGCGACAGGAAAUUACCUACUUCAUUUCAAGAUUAGGUCUUGCAUUUGAGCCAUUCUGGCCAGCACACAGCUGUGUUCAAGCAGCGCUGAGGAGAUCACGCCAUCCCAUGGGCGCCGCCUUGCACAUUGCCCACAGUUUCCCAGAAUCAAACGCCUGCCCAGUUAAGACGCAAAGAGAUGGCAUUGUUUAA